CCAUCAUUGGACACAUCCAUUUCUGAUAUUCAAUCACCAUAGCUUUCAGUUGCUGCAUCCUUCAAUCAUCUUUCUGUGUCUGAACUGAGACAAUGGGGCGCGUUGCUGGUAUUCAGGUUGGUACUAUGAGUACGAGAAAAUCUAAUGGAAGGAAAAACAAAGAUGUUGUUCAAGGUUCUACUACUGAAGAAGGUUCAAGAUUUUGGAAGAAACUCGGGAUUUUGCUAUGUUGCUUGCGUUUGAAUUCCAAGAAGGAAAGCUCCUCUAAUGACAAAAGCAAACAACGUUAUGCAGGAAGAAAAGUUACAAAUGAUGUGGUUAGACACCAACCAGUUACUUCAAGAUCCUCAACCACCAAAAGGUCUAGAAACCGUGCAAGAGGUUGCACUCCCAACAUGAGCCAUGAACUAAUAGUAGCCUCUUCCCUUCUUCGAAGAUUCUCCUUUAAUGAUCUUAAAUUGGCAACAAGAAAUUUCAAAGCUGAGAAUUUCCUUGGUGAGGGAGGGUUUGGAACUGUGCUGAAAGGUUGGAUCAGUCAGCAUGGGAACUAUGCAGCAAGGCCUGGAACGGGGAUUCCAGUUGCAGUGAAGAGUCUCAACCUAAAUGGACUUCAGGGUCAUAAGGAAUGGCUUACUGAAAUUAGUUAUCUGAGUGAACUCCAUCAUCCAAAUCUUGUUAAAUUGGUUGGCUUUUGCAUUGAGGAUGACAAAAGGCUAUUGGUGUAUGAGUACAUGUGUCGAGGAAGCUUAGAGAAGCAUCUGUUCAGGAGGUCUUUGCGCCUUACAUGGCCUAUGAGGCUGAAAAUUAUGAUUGGUGCUGCGAAGGGCCUUGCAUUUUUGCACGAGGAAGCUUCAAAGUCAGUGAUAUUUCGAGACUUCAAAACAUCUAAUAUCCUAUUGGAUAUGAACUACGAUCCAAAACUUUCCGAUUUUGGGCUUGCUAGAGAUGGUCCAGUGGGAGAUGCAACUCAUGUGUCAACUCAAGUAAUGGGAACACAAGGCUAUGCUGCUCCUGAGUAUGUGAUGACAGGACACCUCACUUCCAAGAGUGAUGUCUACAGCUUUGGGGUGGUCCUACUUGAAAUACUGACAGGUAGAAGAGCCAUGGACAAAUCAUUGCCUAGGAGAGAGCAAAACUUGGUGGAAUGGAUGCGCCCUCUUCUCAAGAACAAAGAAAACUUCCACUAUCUGAUGGACCCUAGACUUGGAGGUCAAUACUCAAGGAGAGGUGCAAAUAGGGCAAUGAGGUUGGCUAGUCACUGUGUUCGCCCUGACCCAAAAGCAAGACCCCUUAUGAGUGAAGUAGUUCGUGUGUUGAAGUCUUUGCCUGGUCAGAAUGAGAAAAACAUGGAGGACCCCUCAACAAGGUCCGCAUCAACUUCAACUCGCUCAGUUUCAAUUCAAUCAAGUUCACUUCACAUAAUACAUGAAGGACCCUCCAACCAUAAUGGUGGUGCUAACAAGUAUGGUCUCAGAACUGAUCCAGAACCAAACGUUCCAUGGCGCUUUCAAGCCUCUCCACUGAGCCUAGAGUAUCCUCUACCUCCUCCAAACACUGCUGUUGGACUUUCAUUGACCAACUGACCCUAGUGUUGGACAACCAUUAGAUGUGAGAUGAGAUGCAUGUGUACGUGUGUGUUUGGUUCAGUCUACUUUGAGGAAAUAAUCGUUUAUUUUUUAUCUGCUUCUUGGAAAAGCUAUGAGAAAUAAACAAUUAUUUCCUUUUAAAAGAAACUUUUCCAAACGUGCACUAAAUAUCUUUUUCAGCUUCUUUUGCAUUUCCUAAUAAUAACUUGGACUUUAUGUUGUUAUUUAUAGAAACAUUUGCAUACACAGGAAAUGGAAG